CCUUUCGUUUUACCUCAAACAUGCCUACUUCAUACAGUGACGUGGUUAAAAAAGACAUGACAAGUGAUCCUGAUUCCUUUGACGGAACGCCUGAAGCAUUUAUUGUCAAUCAAGUAUAUCCGCUUUUGUAUCCUAGCGGAUCAAUAUCGCAAGCCAAAAUCAAACGGCGAAGAGUCAUACGCAGUUAUUUCGACAACAAAGCGGUCUAUACUGACCCGUUUUCAACAUGCGUAGGGCCACAGAAUAUCGCGGCCCACUUUGACUUCUUGUUGUUCUUCUUCAGAUUCAAAGAUGCCCGGAUAAACCAUAUUACUGCCAAGGACGACACCGUCAUGAUCGAUUCAGAACAUCAAAUACAGUUGAAGUGGUGGAUAGCUAUAUUCUUUUCAGUCUGGGGCGUUAUAUGGUGGCUGUUAGGAGGAGCGCCAAAGACUUCAUACCGUGUCAUCUCCCGCUUUAAAGUGAGCAAAGUCAGCGGAGAAUGGAGAAUUCGAGAAGCUGAGGAAAUCUGGAGUGUCGCAGAGAUACUGAAUGCCAGUCUUUUACCUGGCGGAUUUCUACUACGAUUUUUACGACCUGUGAUAGGGUGGAUAAUGACUAGCAUAGUUAGAAAAGUUGGUAACGAUAAUUGGAAAGACGAUUGAUUGACGUGGAUGUUUGGAAAAACAAUAAAUAAUUUAGUGUCCGCUACUUGACUUUCUUAACUCCU